UCAGAAGCUGAAACAUGGCGCCUAGGUUGUGAGGUGCGAUCGUUUCACAAGCAAUCAUUUGACAUUUAUUUUGGAUUUACAGUGGUAACAGUAUGCGCGAAUACCGGGAUUAACGACGGAGGGAUUCUAUACGUGGUUUUAUCCUCACAUUUGGAAUAUUUCUUGAUUUGUUUUCCGGUUAGACGUCCAAGAUGUCGGAUAAGGUGAAGGUGGCUGUGAGGGUUCGGCCCGUAAACAGACGAGAGGCGGAGCUGGGAACAAAAUGUGUGGUGGAUAUGGAUAGUAACCAGACGUUUCUCAGUCAUCCCAGCAAGCACAGUGGACCUGAUGGAGCUAGGAAACAAGCCAAGACAUUUGCAUUUGACCAUUGCUUCUGGUCAAUGGAGGAAAACAAUCCUAAAUUUUGCAAUCAGGCAAAAGUGUUUGAAAAUCUGGGACGGGGUAUCUUAGAGCAAGCCUUUGAGGGAUACAAUGGUUGUAUAUUCGCCUAUGGACAAACAGGGUCGGGCAAAUCGUACACGAUGAUGGGCACACGGGAGCAGAAGGGCAUAAUCCCGAGGCUAUGUGAUGCGCUCUUUGAGGGCAUUGAACAGUUCAAGAAGGAAGACCUGGUGUACAAAGUAGAGGUCUCUUACAUGGAAAUUUAUAAUGAAAAGGUUCACGAUCUAUUGGAUCCCAAAGGGAGCAAACAGAAUUUACGAGUGAGAGAACACAACAUCCUCGGUCCGUACGUAGAUGGCCUGUCAACACUGGUGGUCACUUCAUUUGAGGACAUUGACAAUCUGAUGAGUGAAGGGAACAAGUCACGAACGGUCGCCGCCACGAACAUGAACAGUGAAAGUAGCCGUUCACACGCCGUGUUCAACAUCAUAGUCACUCAGACCCUCACAGAUCUGGAGUCCUUGGUGUCCGGUGAGAAGGUGAGCAAGCUAAGUCUGGUGGACCUGGCGGGCAGUGAGCGUGCUCAGAAGACAGGCGCUGUCGGUGAGCGUCUCAAGGAGGGAUCCAACAUCAACAAGUCCCUGACCACAUUAGGCCUGGUGAUAUCAGCAUUAGCAGACUCCAGUAAGAAGAAAGAGAAGUUUGUACCUUACAGAGACUCUGUGUUGACAUGGCUGCUCAAGGACAAUCUUGGAGGAAACAGCAAGACUGUGAUGGUUGCUACAAUCAGCCCUGCCGCAGACAAUUACGAGGAAACCCUGUCCACGCUGCGGUAUGCAGACCGCGCCAAGCGCAUUGUCAACCAUGCUGUCAUCAACGAGGACCCGAACGCGAGAAUUAUCCGGGAGCUCAGAGAAGAAGGACGCCUCCGCCAUCAACUCAGCGAGGCGCAGAGUUUGAAGUCGGCGGACCUGAAAGAUCGACUGCAGGAGUCUGAGAAACUAAUGAAGGAAAUGUCCAAAACCUAAGAGAAACUCCAGGAGACGGAGAAAAUACAUCAUGAGAGACAUGCUGCCCUGGAGAAGAUGGGGAUUUCUGUGCAGACCUCUGGGAUUAAGGUGGAGCAGGGCACGUAUUACCUGGUGAACCUCAACGCCGACCCUUCCCUAAAUGAACUCCUCGUCUACUAUCUCAAGGAGCACACCUUGGUAGGGCGCCCCAAUGCUCCAGUGGAGCAGGACAUCCAGCUUAGUGGGCUGGGCAUCAUGCCUGAGCACUGCGUCGUUGACCUGGAGAACAACGACGUCUACAUCACUCCUAAUGAGGGAGCCAGAACCUGUGUCAAUGGCUCCGUAAUCAGUGAGAGAACCAAAGUCAAACAUGGUGACAGAAUCCUCUGGGGAACCAAUCAUUUCUUCAGGAUUAACUGUCCUAAAGCCAGCAGUCCGCAAACUGUGGAACCUGAUCUGGACCAGACAAUAGACUACGACUUUGCCCAAGCAGAACUGAUGAUGAAAGAGUUGGGCAAUGACCCGAUCAACGAGGCAAUUCAUGCCAUCGAGAAGCAGCAUGAGGAGGAAAAACAAGAGGCUCUGGAGAAGCAACGUCAGAUGUAUGAGCGUCAGAUGCAGAUGCUGAGGAACCAACUUAUGUCGCCCAACACACCCUCUAUCCCCUUCCCGCCCUUUGACCUCUCACGGACCACACCCACUGGGUCAGGCCAAUCCAUGCACCCCAAAUACCAGCAGUGGGCACAGGAGAGAGACAAGCUGUUUAAACAAAGUCUGGCCAAGCUCAGAGAAGAAGUGGUCAAAGCCAAUGCCAUCGUUCGUGAGGCAAAUUUUCUGGCUGAUGAGAUGGGAAAACACACAGAGUUCAGCGUCACCUUACAGAUUCCUGCCUCAAACCUUAGCCCAAACAGACGGCGUGGAGCUUUUGUCAGCGAACCAGCCAUUUUGGUGAAGAGAAAAGGGAAAGCUAACCAAAUCUGGGCGAUGGAAAAGUUUGAGAACAAAAUAAUCGACAUGCGUGAAAUGUACGAGGAGCGAAAGGAGCGGGGACUUCCACUGAGGGUAGAGAACUGUGAUGUUGUGGAUUCAGACUGUGACAGUGUUGAUGGGGAUCAAGGUCCACCUAUAAAAGGCGACCCUUUUUACGAGUCACAGGAAAACCACAAUCUGAUCGGCGUGGCCAACAUCUUCCUGGAGUGCCUGUUCAGCGACAUUAAGCUGGAUUAUCAGGUGCCGAUCAUCAGCCAGCAAGGGGAGAUUGCUGGCAAGCUGCAUGUGGAAAUCUCUAAACUUGGAGGUAGUUUUAUGGACAGGUUUGCGAAUACAAAUGAUGAAGAAGAUGAGGACACGUACUCAAACAUAGUGACUCCUGUGUUCAUCAGGGUUGUUAUCAAAGAAGCAAAAGGCCUUCCCCCGGCCUUAUCAAAUUUUGUGUUUUGCCAUUACUCAUUUUGGGGUCAUCCAGAGCCCAUAGUUGUCCCCCCUGACGUCAAUCCUGACACCUAUCUGCGAAACAAUGAGACAAACUUGACCUUCAGGUUUAACCACCGAAGAGACUUCAAGGUGCACCUGACAGAGGAGUUCAUAGAGCACUGUUCAGAGGGGGCGCUGUCAAUUGAGGUCUGGGGUCACAGGAGUCAGGGAUUUGGCUCUAACGGUCCAAACUGGGAACUGGAGAAUGUCCUUUCCAAAUCAAGGUCGUUAGUGGACAGGUGGAAUGAGGUGAUGAGGAAGUUGGAAUUGUGGGUAGAAAUACACGAGCUGAAUGACCAAGGUGAAUAUGCACCUGUGGAGGUCACCUCUAAAACAGAGGUCGUUACUGGCGGCGUUUUCCAACUUAGACAGGGUCAUUCUCGGAGGAUAAUGGUCAAGGUCAAACCUGUACAAAACUCUGGCACUUUGCCAAUAAUCUGCGAGUCGAUAAACUCUAUUACGAUUGGCUGCAUCACGGCGCGGCAGAAGAUGCAAAAAAGUUUGGACAGUUACCAGGAGGAAGAUUUGAACGUUCUCCGUGAGAGGUGGUCUGAGGCGUUGAUGAGGCGGAAACAAUACCUGGAUGAUCAGAUACAGAAGCUGAUGAGUAAACAAGACAAAUCAGACACAGAUUUGGAGCGAGAACGUGCUCUGAUCGACCAAUGGGUGUGUCUGACAGAGGAGCGGAAUGCCGUACUAGUGCCCGCAGCCGGCAGUUGUGUACCAGGAGCACCUGCUGAUUGGACGCCUCCCCCAGGUAUGGAAGAGCACAUACCAGUUCUGUUUCUGGACCUCAAUGCUGAAGACAUGAGCACCCCCAAUGCCAAAGAGGGAUAUCAAGCUGCUGGAGUCAACUCUAUUCUACCCAAAGAACACGGUGCCAAAUUUGUCAGCCUGCCUAUCAUCAAAAACUUUGAGAAGGAUAUUGGAGCAAUGACGUCUUGGGACUCGUCCAUGCAUGACAACGUACACCUGAACCGCGUGACACCUGCUAACGAGCGCGUUUACCUGAUCCUGAAGGCGACUGUGAGACUGAGCCACCCGGCAUCCAUGGAGCUUGUGCUGAGAAAAAGGCUUUGUAUCAACAUCUACAAGAAACAGAUCCUGACAAGUAUGACGGACAUGCUCAAGAAGAGGAUGUACAAGAUUGAUUUCUUGUAUGGCUGUGGCGUAACUUACGAGAUUGUAUCUAACAUUCCAAAGGCAUCAGAAGAUCUUGAAGACAUGGAGACUCUUGCUCAGCUGGCUGCCUCGCAGAACGAGAUCAACGCCUCUGAUGGGGAGACUUACAUUGAGAAAUACAUCAAAGGGGUAUCUGCUGUGGAGAGCAUUCUUACUCUGGACAGGCUGCGACAGGAAGUAGCUGUGAAGGAGUGUCUUGCAGCUUCGGGACGACCUUUACGAAAAACUGCUAGUGUGCCCAACAUUCAUAACAUGGUCCUCUCUCCUACUAAACUAGAUGAACAGAUCCGAGCUGACAGCAUACAGGACCUGUAUCACAUUGACCCCAUGGCUCCAACCUCACAUUUCCAUGCCCGUCCCAACUUUCUCAACUUACAAACUAGUUCUGUGGGCUCAAACAUCAAGCCCUCCCCAAAGUCUGGCCUCAGCCCGCACGCCUCCAAGCUAGUGAAACCCAUGAGAACACUGUUAGAAGAGCAGCACCUUAGGGAGAAGAAGCCAUUGCUUCAUCAGGACACUGAGGAGUCACUGGAUGAGGAAGAAGAAAUGGCCAGGAAGUUGCCUCAGUCACCUGACGAGUUCCAGGAGUUUGAGUCAUACCAGAGUCAGCAGGGAAAGCUCCAUGCCCAUAGGCCGGACAGUCUUCAGGCUGCAGGGAUCACCCAUUCCUCAACAGAUGAAAGCCUGGUGGAGAUACAAGCCAAGAGCUUCACACCCAGCAUGGCCUCCAGCGGGUACGGCUCACAGGCUGUCUCUACCCUUACAUUGUCUUCAGAGGACUCGGUCAGCAUCCGCAGCAUCGGCACAGAUGAAGCGCUGGACUGUGGGAAAGAUGGCUCUGCGAAAUCCUCCCCAAAAGUUGGCAGCGUAGAGAGUGGACACAGCGAAAGUGAGGAAGAGAACGAAGACGGUAGUAAGACCAGAAAUAAACUGGAAAAGCGAGAUUCUCUUCUUGAUGAGGUCAUCCCGGAGCUCUUGGACUCGCCUCUUGAACCCAUUCAGUCCCCACCAGCUGGAGAGAAUACAGAACCAAACUUUCCAAUUCCUUCUUCAGACACAAACAGUUUGAAUUCAACUGAUACCCUUGUUGGUGAUCUGGAGAGCCAAUCAAAAUUUGAGGAAUCCAUAAAUGAUGGCCAAUCAAAAGAAAGGCAGCCUCUGCAGGACAGCGCUGAAAACCCAACUGGCACAGUGGACAAAGACCAAUCAAGUGAUGUAAUAGGUUCACAAACAAACCAAUCAAAUGACAGUUCAGCUCAGAGGUUAGCUCAGGAGGAGACUGAUGCUUUGAACAACAACAACAGAGUUCCAUUCGAGCGUAGCGACACUCUGGAUUCAGGAAGCUCAAAUGUAGAAGGGGGUAUUGUUAUGGAACGAGAUUCAGAUCCGUACAGUGUGACGGCCAUGGAGGAACUUGAGCGAUUAGGGGAUUCAAACCGUGAGUCAUUGUCAAGGACAAACUCCGAGGCUAAAGGACAAGAAGAAGGAACAGCCAGUGCUACUGCUGAAGUAGCAGCAUCUGCUGCCAAAGCUGAGGGGCAAGCAUCCACAGAGGCAGGUCAGGGAGAACCUGCCGCACACAGACCAGUCCUUGACGCCUCCAAAGACCAGGAACGACCCAAAACACCUGAACCCCCAGUGAAGAGGAAGGUAGGCUCGGCUAAACGGGAUCGGCCUGUGUCAUGUAUUCUGCCCAGCAAAGCUGACCACAUCGCCUCGCUUACAGCAGCAGCGUAUGAGGAUUUGGCUAUUCGGAGCGGGGCAAGUCCAUCCGAGGAGCAUUUGUCAGGUUGUGAGGACAGUGUGAGUCUUUGUUCAUUUGGGAGUCGUGCAGACUUGGAUCGUCUUCAUGAGGCACCAGUGCCCUCCUGGAUACAGUUUGGAGAGAGCGUUCUGGUCAGUUCAUCACGCGGCACUUCCAAGUUGUCGGGUGUGGUCCAGUACAUCGGCAACACAGCUUUUGCCUCUGGCCCAUGGAUUGGCGUCGAGUUGGACCAGCCUGAAGGAAAAAACAAUGGCUCUGUGAAUGGUAUACAAUAUUUCAAGUGCCGGUCACGUCACGGGAUCUUUGUUCGACAUGACAAACUGAUUUGGGACAAACGCAGGAGAGGCUCCAGGAAGUCGAAUGCUGCGCACAGGAGGAGCAGCGGGAACCUGAGUGGAUCUUCUUCAAACUUGUCACGGUCAUCAACCAGCCUUAACUCUCAACCACCCUCCCCCGGUGCAUCACCAAACACCACAUUCAAGACCGCGUCAACAGGACGCCCAAAGAAGAAAUAAAGGGAUUUGCUAUGAGGAAUGCAAGGGUUUCUCUGUUUGCUAGGCUGUGGUAGAUAUAACAUCACUCAUAAAUACAUCCUAUGCGAGUAAUGCUUAACAGUAGAGGGUGGCUUCAGUGCAGUGUGGUUAAAUGAGGUUAGAAAUGAGAAUAGAUUUCUGACUAGCCAUAAAUGGCUGCCUACAGCUGUGAUUCAGAACUCAGCCCAGCUGAUAUACUCACUACAUUCUCUGUCAUCUCCUCCAACCUUGCACAGACAACGUCCACUGAGGAAAGGCGUGCAUGUGUGCGGAAAAUGUGGCGAUGAAACAGAUGAGCAGAAAAUGUGGCAAUGAAACAGAUGUGCUUUGUGACAGAUGUUCACACAUAUGCUUCAGCUUGAACACAUAGAUGUGUACUGUUCUUAGAGGGUGAUGGAUUUGGUAAAUUAUUGCAAGUGUUGAGACAAUUUAGGAAAUCAAACCAUCACUUACAGAUUUCAUAUACCAGAUGACAUUAGCUGUUGGUGUGCCCCUGUCAUUAACAUAUAAAACAGAUGGCCACAACCUGAUAACAUUCAGUGAUCUCUCAGUGGCCUCUGAGGGCAUUUGGCUGUGAUUGACGUAAGUCAGUGAUUGGUUCUUCCGGGUAGAGAAUGUGUAAACCACAUUGUGUGAUGUAUCAGACUUCUGUAACUGUCCAUGCACAUCUGUCGUAAACCACCCAGGUAUUGAAAGCACGGAGGCUUUUGUCAUGAAUGAAAGUCUUGGAACAUUUUGCCAAGACAUUGUGGAACCUUGUGGUUAAGGCAUAAUGAUAUACUGUGGCCAACACUGUGGAAUUUUGCAUCCAAGAUACCGUGGAACUUUGUGGCUAUGACACAUAGGAAUGUUGUGGUCAAGACACCAUUGAAUCUUGUGGCCGACCUGGCUUUAAGUGUUUUUGAUUGAACUGUUCUGGUUAGCAUUCUCACUGGGAUCUGGAGUCUGCGUACUGUUGUACCAACAAGCUCAAACUAUCACCUUCUGUCAUGUACAGUUUUAUGUUUGAAGCUACUUAAACAGGUGGAAAUUGGGACAAAGCAAAACCAUGGAUUCUCAUUCAUACAAUAAAAAUUUGCUGUGCAGACAUGACCACCUGUUUCUUGUCAGACGUGUACCACCUGUUUCUUGUCAGACGUGUGCGUCCUCUUUGUCUUGGCGUUUAAAGUCCCAUGCUGGAUUUGAAGCUUGUGCUCCAAAUACAUGAAGAAAGUGAAUGUUUGUAACAGAUAUUAUAUCUCCAUAUUUCAUAUUCAUACUGUACUGCCUCCGUUAACUGCUUUAACUGGCAUCCGUAAAUAAAUUCCGAGUUACAAAGGAUGUGUUCCUGCUCAAGUCUGAACUCUGCCAACAGACCGAACAGGAGUAUUGGAAAAUCCACGGCAUCCUGGUAGAUAUCACUUUGCCUUUAUCAGCCAACAUUAAUGGAUGGUUGUGAGAUGAAAUACAGCUAUCAGCCCUGGCAAAGCAAAGAGUUAAGCCUUCACACAGCCUCAAGGGGAUGGCCAAGAUAACAGUAGUGGAAAUGUUGGGAUUGUAGUCAGAUUUCAAACAAGUGGGUAGCUCACGAAAUUUUUAUGUGAUCACAUUAAUGUCAACUCAGUAGUCAUUAGCACAGAUUAGUGAAGACUUGAGAUUGUACAUGUAUGUGUCAUUUCUUGCCCUUCUUUAAUUCCGAAGGAAGGUCCACUAUACUUAUAUCUGUAUAUUGAAGAUAAACAGUAAGCUGUAUGGGAUGAUGAAUGAAAUUGCUAUUAGAUAUAAAAAAGAAUUGCUUUGAAGACAUUGGAGGUGUCACUCUACAUCUCUAGUGCUCUUUUUGUUAGAUUUAUGAUAAUGAAAUGUUGAUUAUGCCUUUGUGUAAGUUCAUCUCAUGUGCAUGCCUCAUGUAGUAUCAUGUGACCAUGCCUCAUGUGGUAUCAUGACCAUGCCUCAUGUGGUAUCAUGUGACCAUGCCUCAUGUGGUAUCAUGUGACCUUGCCUCAUAUGUUAUCAUGACCAUGCCCCAUGUGUUGUCAUGUUACCAUGCCUCAUGUGGUGUCAUGUGACCAUCCCUCAUGUGGUAUCAUGACCAUGCCCCAUGUGGUGUCAUGUGACCAUGCCUCAUGUGGUGUCAUGUGACCUUGCCUCAUGUGGUAUCAUGUGACCUUGCCUCAUGUGGUAUUAUGUGACCAUGUGUCGUGUGUUGUCAUUUACAGUAUGCCCACAGCACCCUGCUGGAUAAUUGUUGGACUGAAAAAAGAUUUCAGUUUUUGUUGCUUCCAGAUUAGUUUUUGAAGUUUCAGUUUGUGAGGGUGAUGUAUCAAAUUGUAUAUAUUUGACAUAAUAUGUAUAAAUGAGUGAACAUCACACUGCUAUGUAAAUAGGAAGAUAACUUACUUUAAUACAGUGUACACAUAUGUGUACAUUUAUGUAGAGCUGGCCUUUAGCCCUUCAGAGCUAAGAGUUCACAAUCGAAAAUCCUUGUCCAUAAUUUUUUUUUAUCUUAUUUCUCACUUUCUUUUCAGUAUAUUUUAAUACUUAUUUUAGUCAUAACUUAUACAUAUC